AUGGGGCACGGACAACACAUUGAGAGUAAAGGAAGUUGCCUUGGGAUCAGUUUGUGGAUUCAAGAAGCUGCAAUAGUUGAAGACUACCUUUUACUCGACUUAAACAAGACAGAUGCUGAUGUGAUCUUGGGUUAUAAAUGGCUUUCGAAACUGGGAGAAACGAUGAUAGAAAACACUAAGACUUUCUACAAUGACACUAGCUGGAUCACGAUAAAUAACAAAGCUGAUACUUCAGAUGGAACUAAGAGAGGGGGAAGGUUGGACUUUAUGGGUAAGACAACUGUUGCUAAAGAGGAUAGAAGUAAUAUAGGUAUGAGACACAAAGGAGAUACUAACGAGCCACAACACUUAUGGUACGAGAAGCGUGAAAGACAAGCUUGGUUUGUUGUUUCAAGGGUGCAGAGCAGUGUUCCUAGGAGCGGCAAGUUUUCGGAGCGGGGAGAGCUUAACAUGAGCUUAACAUGA